AUGACCGACCAAACUCCGCUCUCAUCGGCGCCUGACGCCAACAACAACAACCCAGUGCCUCAUAAGAGCGUAGCCCUAACAACUGAUUGNNNNCCACAGGUCGUUCGUAAGAAUCUAAAGGUCCGCCUUGGUGAUAUUGUUGGUGUUUAUGCGGCUGGAGACGUCCCCUAUGGCAAACGAAUUCACGUCUUGCCGUUUGAUGAUACCAUUGAGGGUAUCACUGGUAACCUCUUCGACACAUACCUCAAGCCCUAUUUCCAAGAGGCUUAUCGUCCCGUUCGACAAGGCGACUACUUCCUGGUACGUGGGGGGUUCCGACCAGUAGAAUUCAAAGUUGUUGGCGUUGACCCCGGCGAGUACUGCAUCGUGGCGCCCGACACUGUGAUUCACUGUGAAGGGGAGCCCAUCCAUCGUGAAGACGAGGAGCGUUUGGACGAUGUUGGCUAUGAUGAUAUUGGAGGCUGCAGAAAGCAAAUGGCUCAAAUACGAGAGAUGAUCGAGUUGCCCCUGCGUCAUCCCCAAUUGUUUAAGACUCUCGGAGUGAAGCCUCCUCGAGGAGUGCUCCUAUACGGUCCUCCAGGAUGCGGCAAGACUCUUAUCGCACGAGCCAUCGCGAAUGAAACGGGAGCGUUUUUCUUUCUGAUCAACGGGCCUGAGGUUAUGAGUAAAAUGGCGGGAGAGGCGGAGUCGAAUUUGAGGAAGGCCUUUGAGGAGGCUGAGAAGAACGCCCCUGCGAUCAUUUUCAUUGAUGAGAUCGACUCGAUCGCCCCGAAGCGCGACAAGACAAACGGAGAAGUUGAACGACGUGUGGUAUCGCAGUUAUUAACUUUGAUGGAUGGCCUCAAGUCGAGGGGACAGGUGGUCAUUUUGGGCGCUACCAACAGGCCUAAUUCGGUCGACCCUGCUUUGAGGCGUUUUGGUCGUUUUGACCGCGAACUGGAUAUAGGAGUUCCUGAUGAUAACGGGCGUAUGGAAAUCUUGAGGAUCCACACUAAGAACAUGAAGUUGGGCGAUAAUGUCAGAUUGGAGGAGAUAGCUGCUAGCACUCAUGGGUAUGUUGGCGCUGAUUUAGCACAGCUCUGCACAGAGGCCGCCCUCCAGUGUAUACGAGAAAAGAUGGAUUUGAUCGACCUCGACGAUGACAACAUCGAUGCGGCUAUCUUGGAUUCGAUGGCCGUGACACAGGAGCACUUCAUGACGGCGAUGCAGAGCUGUAACCCGUCGAGUCUUAGGGAAACUGUGGUGGAGGUGCCUAAUGUUAAAUGGUCUGACAUUGGAGGGUUGGAGGAUACCAAAAGGGAUCUCCAGGAAAUGAUACUGUACCCGAUCGACCAUCCUGAAAAGUUUGAACAGUUUGGCAUGCAGCCCAGCCGGGGUGUCCUUUUCUACGGGCCUCCGGGCUGUGGUAAGACUAUGAUGGCCAAAGCAGUUGCCUCGGAGUGUAGCGCCAACUUCAUCUCGAUCAAGGGACCUGAGCUGCUGACUAUGUGGUUUGGUGAAAGUGAAGCUAAUGUGCGUGAAGUCUUCGAUAAGGCCCGAUCGGCGGCCCCCUGUGUGUUGUUCUUUGAUGAGCUCGAUUCUAUUGGAACCUCACGUGGGAGCAGCGCUGGUGACGCUGGUGGUGCUGGUGACCGUGUUAUGAACCAACUGCUGACUGAGAUUGACGGUGUCGGUGCCAAGAAGAACGUCUUCUUUAUAGGAGCUACCAACAGACCUGAGCUUCUGGACGAGGCUUUGCUACGACCAGGCCGUUUGGAUCAGCUCAUCUACAUCCCUCUCCCUGACCUGCCCGCUCGACAGGGGAUCCUGGAGGCCACUUUGAGGAAGAGCCCAGUUGCGGCUAAUAUACCCCUGUCGUUCAUAGCCCAGAAGACUGAUGGUUUCUCUGGAGCUGAUCUGGCUGAGCUCUGUCAACGUGCUGCUAAGGCGGCUAUCAGGGAUGCAAUCGCUGCUGAGGAGCUCAAGGCUAGUGAUGGCGAUGACACCAUGGCCGAUGCUGACGACCAGGCUUCAACUGAGAUCACGCGGAAGCAUUUCGAGGAGGCGUUUGCUCAUGCCCGUCGGUCGGUGAAUCAGAGUGAUCUCACCAAAUACGAUAACUUCCGUAUGAAGUUUGAUCCUCUGUAUAAAACUCAAGUUGGAGCCACUGGAGAUGCGGGAGUGGUGAUUAACUGGCCUGAUGUUGACAAUCAGUUCAGCAAUGACGUUUCAGCUGAUGCUGAUGAUGAUGACCUAUACAGUUAAAUGAUGUUGUCAAAUCUCAAUUAUCAAAAGACAAGACGCUGUGGUUCGAUCCAACAGCGAAAUACUAUGAAAACAGCAGUGAUGAAAAGGUUUCUAAUGUG